CACGAUGCCGGUAAACGUGAAUUAAUUCAACUUUAGUGCGCAUUGUUGCUGAAAAACAAAACACCGUGGUUGGGAACUAUGAACACUACCUCACUGACCCAGUCGGACUGCCCCGAUGUGAAAGUCCCCGUCUCUCUCUUCUUCACCAUUGGAUUAGCGAGCCUGGCUGAGAACUUCCUGGUUGUAGUGGCUGUCAUACGCAACAGGAACCUUCAUUCGCCCAUGUACUGCUUCAUCUGCAGCCUGGCAGCUUUCAACACUAUCGCCAGCCUCACCAAAACCUGGGAAAACCUGAUGAUUGUGUUUGCUGAUGUGGGACAGCUGGAGAAGACAGGUUUCUCUGAGACCAAGCUGGACGAUGUGAUGGACUCCCUGCUGUGUAUGUCUUUCAUUGGCUCCAUUUUCAGUUUCCUGGCUAUUGCUGUGGACCGUUACAUCACCAUCUUCCAUGCACUGCGGUAUCACAACAUCAUGACAAUGCGGCGCACCAGGACCAUCUUGGGUGUCAUCUGGACAACAUGUGGGGUGUCAGCCAUACUCAUGGUGAGGUUCUUUCAUUCCAAGUUCAUCAUGAUCUGCUUUGUCGUCUUCUUCGUUGUCUCCUUGGCGAUUAUCUGCUUCCUCUAUGUGUACAUGUUCAUGCUGGCACGCAUCCAUGCCAGGAAGAUCGCAGCUCUGCCCACCAGCGGCGGGAGGAAGUGUCGGCACCAGCGGCGGUGGGGCAGCAGCAUGAGAGGGGCCCUUACUCUCACCAUCCUGUUUGGGGCGUUUGUGGUUUGUUGGGCGCCGUUCUUCCUCCACCUCAUCAUCAUCAUGGUGUGCCCCACGAACCCGUACUGCGAGUGUUAUCGAUCGCUGUUCCAGCUGCACAUGGUGCUGUUGAUGAGCCACGCCCUAAUCGACCCGGCCAUCUACGCCUUCCGCAGCCCCGAGCUCAGACAAACCUUCAGGAAGAUGCUGCUUUGUUCAAAUUGGAAACAGUGCUCAUAG